AUACGAUUUCAUCUAUCUUCUCGGCAUUUGAUACUGGCUUCUUCAUACUUCCGCACAGCUUUCAGCGGUUCCUGGAAAGAAAGUGUCAGAACGUCUGAUUCGGGAUAUGUUGUUGAUGCAAGUGAGUGGCACGAAGAAGCUUUGCAAAUUUUGAUGGAUAUAAUCCAUUGCAAAAGCGGACAAGUACCCCGGCGCAUAAGCCUCGAGCUUCUUGCACAGAUUGCUGUUGUGGUCGAUUAUUACAAAUGCCAUGACGCUGUCAAAUUCUUUUCCGAUACUUGGAUCGAGGAGAUUGGGCAGAGGGAGCGCCUGCCUCAGGAAUAUAGCCGGCAACUUGUCCUAUGGCUCUGCAUUGCUUGCGUCUUCGACAAGCCUGAGAUAUGCAAUACUGUAAAAUCUGUUGCAGUACGAGCAGUUCGAGAACCCCUUCGAACGCUAGGUUUACCGUUUCCCAACAGCCUCAUUGGU